AAAGUAGCCAAACAUGUUAUUCAUCUUAAAAGGCACCUCAGAUUUCAAUAAAUUUGUUGCUUAAGUUGUUGUAACUCGUGAGUAGGAUGUUUCAAUUUGGCGGAGGCAUGAUGUGGUUGUGCUCAAACCACAACCUAGAAUUGUCAGCAAGGACUGCUUUACUGCAGCAGUAAUACAUACACAAAAAUAUGUUUGACAACGAAAUGUUCGAAGAAUGUAAUCAAGAAUCGAGAAAAAAAUCUGUGACUUUUUUUACACAUAGCAACAUUCAUUUUUAUUACAUAUGAUUAUAUUUAUACUUUUGGUACAGUAAUUGCUAAGUCUUUGUGUAUACUGUAUGUGUCUGUUUUUAUUUUUUCAUAAGUCUGUUUCGACAGGAAGUAGCUAUGACAUGCAACGGUGUGCAUCACACACACUCAUUUCGUCUGUGGUGGAAUAUAUGUCUGUCAGUUUUGUAUUUCAUUUCAAUCUUUAUGAGGUAACACCUAAUUUUUCACACCUCCUGCUUCGCUGUAAUCAAGAUAAGCAUGGCAGAUUUUUGGAAGGACAGAUUUCCAGACUUUGAGGAUUUACACUUCAGUGAUGAUGACAACACAACACCGCAUGGUGAUAAUAUAACUGAAAGAGAACCAGUCACGGAGGACAACAACAAUCACAGAGAAGACAGAGUUUCUGAGCCUGAUGAAGAUUUAGCAGAAAGUCAAAGCUGUACAGAUACUAUCAUGGAAGUAGAAACUAAAAACUGUUCUAUGGAUGGCGUAUUAGAAGAUCAAAGUGUGAAGACAGGAACCAUGCUCUUUGGUUCAUCGUCUGAUUAUGAUUCAGAUGAAAGAAAGACACAACCUGAAGACCAUGAACAGGAUGAACUUGAGAUGCCUGCAGAAACAUCAGACAUCCAUCAAAUAACAGCUCACUUUCAAAUGGAAGAUGUCGGUUUCCUAGAAAAAGUUUCUUUAGAAGAAACUCACAUUGAUCAGGGAACACCAAAAUAUCAGAUUGUAACAGAGGAGGAAACAUCACAUCUAUUGUCCUGCCAGAUGGUGGAUGAACCUGAAGAUACGAGCUUAGCAUCAGAAGAAGACGGAUCGCUAAUGGAGGUCCAGUCCAAAGAUGAGAUGAAAGAUUUUACAGAAGAUGAUCAUGUGGAAGUAGUGGAGGGCUUAGCAGAUUACUCUUCUGAAUUGUCCGAAAGUGAAAAUGAGAGCUCCAGUGAAGGUCAUGAGAGUGAUGCUCCUACCAACAUGAACAACAAGAUGGAUGCGGACAACCUGGAAGCAGAUUGCCUAGCUAUAACUUCAAUGGAUAAUGAUGAUAAUGAAAGGAAUCACAGAGAAGACUCUGAGCCUGAUGAAGAUUUAGCAGAGACUCAAAGCUGUACAGAUACUGAUUUGGAAGUAGAAACUGAAAACUGUUUUAGGAACAGUAUGGAUGGCCUAUUAGACGAUCAAAGUGGAAAGUCAGAUGAAAGAAAGACACGAGCUGAAGACCACGAAGAGGAACGCAAAGACAAUGAACUUGAGAUACUUGCAGAAACAUCAGACAUCCAUCAGAUGACAGCUCACUUUCAAGUGGAAGAUGUUGGUUUGCUGGAAAAGGUUCCUACAGAAGAAACGAAGGAGGAAACAUCACAUCUACUGUCCUGUCAGAUGGCGGAUGAACCUGAAGAUACGAGCUCAGCAUCAGAUGAAGAUGAAACUUCUGAAACUUUUGAGGAACAUGUCUUUCAACAUGCUCCUGAUAACAAAGAAGCCAAUGAUUUCAAACAGUUAAAUCUAGAAGACUCUUCGACACAGCUAAUGAAGGUCAAGUCCAGGGAUGAGAUGAAAGAGUUUACAGAAGAUGACCAUGUGGGAGCAGAAGAGGGCUUGGCAGAUUACCCCUCUGACCGGUCCGAAAGUGAAAAUGAGAGCUCCGGUGAAGGUCAUGAGGGUGACCCGAACAUCAAGGUGGAUGCGGAAAACCUGGAAGCAGAUUUCCUAGUCAUAGCUUCAAUGGACGAUGAAAAUGAAAGGAACAGAGGCAUAAAUCCGGCAGAAAUGGUCACUGAUUCUGGAAACGCAAAAAAGUCCUACAUGAAUGAGCAACAUGACUAUGACAGUGAUAUCAGCAGUGAUGAUGAUGAUGACAACGGUCCUACUGUUUACAUGCACGAAACCAUAGCUUCCCAAGAACCAGAAAACCCUUACACAAAUGAUUUUGUUAGAGACUGGAAAAGCAUUGAAUGUGAAGAAGCAUAUAUACAUCCAGACAGUCAGAAUCCAGAGAGACAUGAUGCUGGAGGUUUAUCAGACACGCCAGCUCUUCCUGAAACGGUGGACUCCAGGAUGGAAAGUCCUUCCGCAUAUGAGACACACACUUCUGAAAAUCCAAAUAAUAGUGUGAGGCAGUUAGAUCCUUCAAGGUCCUACUCCAAUGUUUCAAACGUUGGGGAAAAUCUCAACACCUUAUUACCCGAGACGUUUUGGAAUUUAAUUGAACAGGACAACCUGAAGUUUGAUGACUGGGAUGUUAAUGAAGAAGAGGCGAUCUGUAAUGAAGAAGAGGUAGAGAAUGAGGAAGAGGAAAUGGAAAGGGACUGGGAGAAAGAACGAGCAAGAAUCGAAGCAUUUAACACAUAUUACACAUCUUUCGAAGGCGAAGACAAUGUUGGUAGGAGCCCCAAAGUUACGUUUUGUUUGGAAACAGAAUCCAUCCAAUAUGAAGAUGAAUAUAGUAGUAGCGAAGAGGAACCAAGCACAGACAUCAGUGAGUUGUAUCCUGCAGAGCCCAAUGUUGUCGACAUACAUCAAAGCAACAAAGAACACAACAGUAAACCUUUAGAGGUUUCAGAUGCUGCAGAAAAUAUCCAAACCGUGACACCCGAGACACUUUGGUCCUCAAAGUUACUGAUAGAUGAAGAAAACCUGAAGUUUAAUGACAGUGACCAUGAUAUUGAUGGAGAUGACGUCCAUAAACCUGACACGAGUGAGGUGAUCUGUGAUGAAAAGGAACCUUUCUUUAAGAAGUUAAAAUAUGAGGAUCAGGAAAUUAAAGGAGACAGGGAACAGGAACAAUCAGGAGCUGAAUACAUGUACCACAUAGAGUUCACUGAAUGGGAAAAUGAGGUAACAGAGAGGAGCCACAAAUACACAUUAAGUCUGGAUCAAGAAUCAUCUCAAAAUGAGGAUAAUGAAAGCAGUGAACAGGAAUCAAACACAGAAGAUGACAAUUCCAACAUAAAGACUAAGGACCUAAGUGAAUCUGAUGAACCAAAAGAGAGGCGUUUGUACACAGGAAAGCAGAAGGUCUUACCGAAAGGAUUACAAAAGCCAGACAAGAAGCUAAAGGAACCGAAAAGCAAGUGCCUUGUCCUGCUGAGGUCUGUAUUAGCAUUGAGUCUGGCAACAGCGGUGGGAGUUUUGUCUUACUGGUGGGUCACAGAUAGCCUGGACUGGAUCUACUGAAUUUACAUUCAUCUUGGGUCUUCAACAUCAUUCAGAAC